AUGUAUUUUGAAUGCCCUUGCUCCUUUAGAAAGGAAUUAGAAUAGGAGAGUUAAAUAAUUGAACACAUCGAUAUAUGUUAAGAAUUUAACAUUGAUAGUCCACUUUGCAAUAUGUAUAAAAGAGCAAAUGUUGAAGAAAUAUCAAUAGAAUAAUUAGUAACUUUCUUAUGCGAUCUUAAAUUACAAGUAGAGAGAAUUGAGAAUGUUUUAAAAAUAAGUAGAAUAAUAUAAUAAUUAUAUAGGAGGCUUUAGAAAAAAAAUAAUGCCAAUUAUUUCAGACCUAAAUUUUGAUCAUUGUUCUAAAUCCACAUCUGGUUCAAAAAUAAGAAAAAAUAAUGUUGGAAUUAAAUAAAAUAAUAUUGUAGUUAGAAUCCUUUAAAAAACCAAUUCUAGUGAAUAAUAAUCAUUUAAAAUUAAUUAGGAGAGUCUAAAUUAAGAUAACCAAUUAAAUCUAACUUCCUCUCUUUCAACUCAUCAUUAUUUUGAAGAUGAGAAAUCUAGUAAUCUUAUAAUUCAUUAAACAAAAGAGACAAUUUAAGACUAAUUAAUUACAAAUUGUAAAUAAUAAUAAGAUGAAAAAAUUGCAUGUGAAGCUUGUAGAAAAACAUUUUAUUUUAAUCAAGAUUUUGAAAAGCUAUGGUUCUUAGAAAAUUGUGGACAUGUAAUGUGUAAAUUAUGUAUUCAUCGAUUGGCAUAAGAAAAAUAUGUUGAAAAUGAUGGAAGAAUUUUGUGUUAGGAAAUUGGUUGUAUAGCUUGGAUUAAAGCAUUUGAAUUAAAAUAAAUACUUGGAGUUGAUAAAUUUAAUGAUUUAGAUUAAAAAUUAGCAUUUAAAAAUUAAGAUAUCAUUGAAUGCAUUAAAUGCAAAUCUCAAUUCUUUUUUGAAAAAGGUAAUCCCAAAGAUUUAGUAAAAGAUUAAUAAGGUAAGAAUAUCAGUUGUGAAGCAUAAAUUAAUUAUGCUAAUAAUAGAUUUAUUUGUAAAUAAUGUAAAACAGAAUAAUGUAGAGAAUGUAAAGCAGUUCCUUUUCAUAUUGGAAUGACUUGUUAAGAGUAUAAGAUUAAUUCAUAAGCAAAUAAAUGUAUUCUUUGUAAUUUUCCAUGUGAAGGAAAAGUAUGUAAUUAAGAUGAUUGUCAAAAAAGAUUUUAAAGAUUAUGUUAAAAUAAAUUAGAUUGUGGUCAUAGUUGUAAUGGAGUAAAAGGAGAAGAAUGUUUAUGUUUAAUUUGUUCAAACUAAGAACCAGAUGAUUAUUGUAAUAUGUGUUUUAUUGAACCCUUAAAGAGUGCUCCAUGUAUUAAAACAGAAUGUGGUCAUAUAUUUCAUGAAGAAUGCAUUUUUAAGAAAUUAGAUUCCAAAUGGAAUGGAUAUAGGAUUAUAUUUAACUAUUGUACAUGUCCUUUAUGCAAAAAAUUCUUGGAUAUAAAACAUAAGGAAAUUAAAAAUAAAAUAAAUCAAGCUUUAUAAUUAAAAUUAUAUGUAUAGGAGUUAUGUUUAGAAAGAUUACAUAUAGAAGGAAUGAAAUAAGCUUAAGAAUUAAUAGAUCCUAAAAGUUAAUUUUAUUAAAAACCUCAAGAAUUUGCAAUGGAUAAAUUUUGUUUUUAUGAAUGUUUUAAAUGUAAAAAGCCUUAUUUUGGAGGAAUUAAAAAUUGUUAAGCUAAUACAGAUUAUAAUGAAAGAACUUAGUUCAAUAAGGAAGAUUUAAUAUGUCCUAGUUGUUGUCCUAUAUCUUUUGAAGAUAUAUGUAAUUAACAUGGUGAUAAAUAUAUUGAAUUUAAAUGUCGAUUCUGUUGUUCGGUUGCUGUUUGGUUUUGUGGGUAUAUAUAUAAAAUAAAUAUAUUUAGAGGAACAACUCAUUAUUGUGAACCAUGUCAUAGUGGAAGGAAUCCGAAUAUGAAUAAACCUUGUCCUGGACUCGAAAAAUGUCCAUUACGUAUUAAACACAAGCCAACUGGAUAGGAGAAUGCCUUGGGAUGUGCACUUUGUAGAACUAAAAGAUUUGAUGAUAUACUUAAAUAAAACUGA